CCUGACUCCGCCCCUCAGCUCUAGGCUCUCUAUAAAGCUUCCCUCGCUGUCACACACACUGUCUGCUGCAUCCAGGAAUCCAGCAUGAAGCUCUCCAGCAUCUGUGCCUUCCUGUCAUGCCUCGUCUUAGUGCAGGCGGAACAACGGAUCACAUGGUGUUUAAAGUCAGAGGCGGAGUUGAAGAAAUGCAACCAGUUACAGUCUCUAAUCUGCUUGAAGAAGGCAGGAACUCGGGAGUGUAUCGAAGCCGUCGGGAAAGGUGAAGCAGAUGCCAUCACUCUGGAUGGAGGAGAUAUCUUCACAGCCGGUCUUAAACCCCAUAACCUUCACCCCAUCCUGGCAGAACAUUAUGACAAAGAGACCUGCUAUUACGCUGUAGCUGUGGCAAAGAAAGGAACUAAGUUUGGCUUCAAUGACCUAAGUGGGAAGAAAACGUGUCAUACUGGUUUGGGGAAAACUGCGGGCUGGAACAUCCCCAUCGGCGCCCUCAUCGAAAAGGGACAGAUUAAAUGGGGUGGCAUCGAUGACAAACCUCUGGAGGAUGCGGUGGCAGAUUUCUUCUCUGAGAGCUGUGUGCCAGGAGCAACAAAUGACAAACUGUGCAAGUUGUGUAAAAACAAGUGCCAGCGCUCUCACGACGAGCCGUAUUACGAUUACGAGGGAGCUCUCCUGUGUCUGAAGGAGAGAGAGGCAGAUGUGGCAUUUGUGAAGCACCUCACAGCGCUCGAUAAGAAGGACGAGUACGAGCUGCUGUGUCUAGACGGCACCAGGAAGCCUGUUGAUGAGUAUUUAACCUGCAAUCUGGCCCAAGUUCCUGCUCACGCCGUCGUCAGUCGCUUUGACAAAGAGCUUUCUGACCACAUCGAGGCGACUCUAUUGUUACUGAAGGAUAAAGGUCUGUUCUCCUCUGUGGGUCCUGAAAGAAACCUGAUGUUCAAAGACUCGACGACGAAGCUGACGAGACUCCCAGAGCUCACCAACUCCUUCAUCUACCUGAAAGAAGAUUACUGGAACUCCAUCCACUCCCUCAGGAGAGAAAACACAGCGAGCGAGUCGUCCCAGGUUAUUAAAUGGUGCACAGUGGGAGUAGGUCAGACAGCUAAAUGUGACUUAUGGAGCCCCAGAAGUCUUGAUGAACAAGGCAACAUCAGGCUGCAGUGUGAAACCGCAGCUACGGUGCAGGACUGCAUCAGAGACAUCCUGCUUCAUAAAGCUGAUGCUAUUGCAGUUGAUGGAGGAGAAGUGUACACUGCUGGGAAGUGUGGUCUGGUGCCGGUCAUGGUGGAGCAGUACGACCCUGAAAAGUGUAAAUCUGAGUCAGACCACCAUACAGGAGACACCUCCUCCUAUUACGCUGUGGCUGUAGUGCGCAAGAGCUCCGGUGUGACCUGGGAAAAUCUGAAAGGCAAAAAGUCGUGUCACACAGGCGUGGGACGAACCGCAGGCUGGAACAUUCCCAUGGGUCUCCUCCAUGAAAAAUACAAGAGUUGUGACUUCUCAACAUACUUCGCUGCAAGCUGUGCUCCUGGUUCAGAUCCUGCAUCAAAUCUGUGUAAACUGUGUAAGGGAGACAAAACUGGAAACAAAUGCAAAGCCAGUCAUGACGAGCCUUAUUAUGGCUACGAUGGAGCCUUCAGGUGUAUGGCUGAAGGUGCUGGUGACGUGGCCUUCGUUAAACACACCACUGCAACAGAUAACACAGACGGUAAAGGGCCAGCAUGGGCUAAGUCCUUCAUAUCAACAGACUUCCAGCUCAUCUGCCCCGGAGGCUCUGCUGAAAUUACUGAAUACCAGAAGUGUUAUUUAGCCAAAGUUCCAGCUCACGCCGUCAUCACUCAUCCAGACAAACAAGACAAGGUGGUGUCGUUCCUCAAGGACCAGCAGGUGAAGUUCGGUUCUUCCGGCUCAGACCCUUCGUUCAGGAUUUUUGAGUCUAUAGAGGAUGAAAAAGCACUGUUUAAAGAAUCCACCAAAUGUCUCCAGGAUGUAAAACCGAGCUAUGAGGGAUUCCUGGGACAAGAUUACUUAACCUCCAUAAGAUCACUGCACGAAUGUCCAAAGGCCAAGUCCGAACUGGAGGAGGCCUGUUUCUAUAGCAUUUGUGAGUCCAGCAUGAAGCUCUCUGUCCUCUGUGUUGUGCUCGGAUGCUUCGCUUUAACGAAAUCUGCACCUGUGGAUCCGAGAAUCAGAUGGUGCUUAAAGUCAGAGCAGGAGGUUCAGAAAUGCAGACAUCUGGCUUCAAAGUCUGAUUUACUGAGUUGUGUGAAGCGUGAGGGAUCUAUGGGAUGCAUCAAAGCCAUCCAGAAAGGUGAAGCAGAUGCAGUCACCCUGGAUGGAGGAGACAUCUACACAGCCGGUCUCACACCCUAUAACCUUCACCCCAUCCUGGCAGAGCAGUAUGGCACAGAUGUAGAGACCUGCUAUUACGCUGUAGCUGUGGCAAAGAAAGGAACUAAGUUUGGCUUCAAUGACCUUCGUGGGAAGAAGACGUGUCAUACAGGUUUGGGGAAAACUGCAGGCUGGAACGUCCCCAUCGGCGCCCUCAUCAAAAACGGACAGAUUAAAUGGGCUGGCAUCGAGGACAGACCUGUGGAAGAGGCGGUGAAGGAAUUUUUCCCGGCCAGUUGUGUUCCUGGAGCGAUCAACACGUUGCGACUAUGCGAGUUGUGUAAAGGCGACUGCUCGCGCUCUCACAAGGAGCCGUAUUACGGCCACCACGGCGCUUUCCAGUGCCUGAAGGAUGGAGCUGGAGAUGUGGCCUUUGUGGACCACCUCACAGCACUUACUGGUGAUAAGGCCAACUACGAGCUGCUGUGUAAAGACGGCUCCCGGAAAAGAGUGGACGAGUUUAAAACCUGCAACCUGGCUCAAGUCCCUGCAGAUGCUGUGGUUAGUCGUAAAGACAAAGAACUGACCAAGCGAAUCUUUGACGUUCUUGAUAAACUCAAGGACAAAGGUCUCUUCUCUUCUGAAGGCUUCUCCGUGAAAAACCUGAUGUUCAAAGACUCGACAAAGGGGCUGCUGAGGCUUCCGGAGAGCACGGACUCGUUCCUCUACCUGGGAGAAGAGUACGUAGCUACUUGCCAUGCCCUUACCAAAGGGUUCAGCGUGAGCAGCAAGCCUCAUGAGAUUACAUGGUGCACUGUGGGUCAUGCUGAGAAAAAUAAAUGUGACAUGUGGACCUUCAUGAGUGUGGACGAUCAGAGGAACAUCAGGAUCGAAUGCCAGGAUGGCAACACUGUCGACGACUGCAUCAGCAAGAUCAUGCGUAAGGAGGCAGACGCGAUGGCCGUCGACGGUGGUCAGGUGUAUUCUGCUGGGAAGUGUGGGCUGGUGGUGGCCAUGGUGGAAGAGUAUAGCAACGAAUCAAAGUGCAGUUCUGCAUUCGAUACCUCAUCCUAUUACGCUGUGGCCGUCGUCCGCAAGGCCUCUGGUGUGACCUGGGAAACACUGAUAGGCAGGAAGUCGUGUCAUACCGGUUUGGGACGUACAGCAGGCUGGAACAUUCCCAUGGGGCUCCUCCACAAGGACACCGAAGAGUGCGAUUUCACAAAGUACUUCAGUGAGAGCUGUGCACCCGGUGCAGACCCCGAAUCAAACCUGUGUAAACUGUGCAAGGGAGCUGAAGGUAUCAGGGGGAUCGUAGACAAAUGCAAAGCCAGCACUGCAGAGCGCUAUUACGGCUACGCCGGAGCCUUCAGGUGUUUGGCUGACGGUGCCGGUGACGUGGCCUUUAUUAAGCACAGCACAGUAGCUGAGAACACAGACGGUAAAGGGCCAGCAUGGGCUAAGUCCUUCAUAUCAUCAGACUUCCAGCUCAUCUGCCCCGGAGGCUCUGCUGAAAUUACUGAAUACCAGAAGUGUCAUUUAGCCAAAGUUCCAGCUCACGCCGUCAUCACUCAUCCAGACAAACGAGACAAGGUGGUGUCGUUCCUCAAGGACCAGCAGGCCAUGUUUGGUCAUUCCAGCUCUUUGUUCAUGUUUAACAUGUUCAAGUCUGAGAACAAUCCAAACUUACUCUUUAAGGACUCUACUAAAUGUCUCCAAGAAGUUUCAGCAGGAAAAAACUACACCGAAUUCCUGGGUAAAGAAUAUCUAACAACGAUGGAGUCUCUGCGUCAGUGUGCCAGCAGUAAGACGGAACUGGAGAAGGCCUGUACCAUCCACUCCUGCCUAAAGAAGUUCUAAAUGCUCCAGUUUGGUCUCAGACAUUCUGUCCUGCAUUUACUUCUGUGUUUGUAGCCAACUGUCGGCGACUUUCUAACCUGUUUCUAAUUAAUCUGUCGUUCACAUAAUCAGAAAAAAAUACAUCAUGGUUUUAACGGUUUUCUAAAAAACAGAGAUCUGAUUAGUAAAGAAAACAUGCAUCAACAUUCCCAUUACACAGUGAGUAUGGAAUCUCAUUCAGGAAGGAUUUCUUCUGUCCGGUGGUGAGAUGUUACCUACUUAUCACCAGGAGUAAAGUGGUGAAACUUCAGCACUAAUUUAUCUCCAUUCUUAAAACUCUGUGACCAGCUGAUUUCAAUAUUAUACUUCAAACAUUUGCUCCAUUUGAAUCUUAUUAUUAUGUUUGAACUCUUACAGCUUCAAAAGCGCCGAAAAGAAAAAAAAAGAAAUGUGGUUUGUUGGGGAAACUUUCUUACACUCCGCUAUUAUUCGUGUGGUUCCACUAUACCGCAGAUUCCACUAGUUUCUCCUAGCUUCAGGUGAUACUUCCAUUGGUUGGCUUUUAGUCUAAUCCCUGCUCCCAGAUGUGGACCAGAUGAUGGAGUGCAGUGUUCAUAGACGGUUGGAAGGAUGAAUGAGACUUGUGGAGCACAAAGGCCAGUGGACACCAUCUUGGGUCUCGUAUGACGACUUGUCAGAAGCCCUCGCCAGCCCGUCACCCUACGUUUACCCGUACGGCAUCUCUUGGCUUUAAGGACCUCACCAUGUUGUUAAGAAUUUAUCAGCGCAUGAAAUCAUUACCAGGCUGAAAUUUGAGUUGUUUGUACUCUCACUUCUGCUGCUGAUGCCAGAUCUUAACUCACCCUCAGUGAAUCAAAAUAAUAGCCUGAAGGUUUGUGGAGGUGUAACGUACUUCAUGGACUUUAAAUAGCACAUACGAGAGGCCGAACUUUUACACUGGCCGUAUUGUUCAAUUCAGUAAUUAGCUGGGACACGUAGGCCAGUGGAAAAGCAGGCAGCAUUGCCAUCCCACAGCUCCUACUUCUUGUUCUCACCAUAGGUUUCCUCUGGUUUUCUCCCAAAAACAUACCAGUAGGUGUGUUGGUUACACUAAAUUACUCCUCUGUGUGUAUAGGUGGUGUUCUGUGUUGGACAGAAGUCACAUCCAGUGAGUAUUCCCAGCUCACGCCCAUUGUUUCCAGGAUAGGAUCCUGAUCCUCCACCACCCUGACCACAGACAGUAUACUGUCUCAUGCUGUUUGCUCGGUACGAUGAACCAACACCAAGAUGUGUAUGUUUUAUUCAUAGUGUAAAUUAGCAGGUUGAACUUUGAGCUUGGUUCCCUUUAACCACAAUGAGCUGUUUUCACUAGUGAUGGAGGAGGUGAUCAUCAGCGUUGCCUGGUUUGGGUGAAUGUGUUGUUCAGUGUGUAGCCUUGUAGCUAGGCAAACUUCUCCAGCGGCUUCCGCGAGUCCUUACGCUCAGCUGCGCAAUAGGAACAAGCCACUUUACAGUUCAUUGUUUAGGCUUAUUUAUGGGGCGAGGAAGAAUAUUUCAGUAUGAUCGAACGUCGAGGGUCUGUUAUGAAUCUUAAUGAGUAGAAAACAAUUUGACAGAAAUGAUGCAGAAGUGGAGAGGUGCAGGUUCCUAGACAUUUACAGAAGAACCGAAUAUUGAUUAUUAAAUAGAAAUACACAAAGGAUUAUUAAAAAAAAAAAAAAAACACCUGCAAAUCAUUCAGUUACUUACUGUUUUUUAUUUUUCUGGACAACUUUCUGUACAUUGUUUUUGCUGGUUUUGUCCUGUCCAGUGUGGUUAUUGUUCAUAUCAUAUUAUCAUAUUAAUAAACAGUAUUUUAACUUUUAAAACAUCAAAAACACUACACACACACACACACACACACACACACACACACACACACAC